GCGGGGCGUGGGGGUUGGUGGCUGCUGGGCGGGCAGGCAGCAGGCCGCGGGGCCCAAGCCGGGGGAAGAAGCUAGCGAGCGGAGGCGCGGAGGAGCCGUUUCACUCGCUGGGGGGACCUAUGGGCCGAAGCCGUGUAAAUGCGUUUUAAGCAGGGGCCUCGGCUCCGCAACUGCCACUCCUCCUCGGGGUGCUGCACAAGUUUCGAGGUCACCGGCGACCCCCCCCUAGCAGCGCGCCUGACUCUGGCCCCGGCGAAGGAGCACGGGGCUUGCAGUGUGUUGCAUACUUUCUAAGGCGCCGGAGGCAGCGGCAGCUCCAUCCAGCCCAUCGGCUCCUCCUCGGCAUGGCUGGCUGCCUGAGUGAAGCGGACUUCGUGAUGGUGGAGGAGGGCUUCAGCACCCGAGACCUGCUGGAGCAGCUCACUCUGGGGGCCUCACAGGCCACCACGG